UGCCAUUUCUUGAUUUCUCUCCAAGAGACCGACUCAUAUCUUUCUCUCUUAGUGCCAUACUAGCACUUUAGUUUCUUAAAUAAAAGAAAGAGAGAACAAUGGAUGUGGUUGGUGAUCUUUUACCAUUCUUGGCUAUGGUUCUUGUACAAUUUGGCUUUGCAGGGAUGAAUAUUAUUUCAAAGCUUGCAAUGGACUCCGGCAUGAAACCACUUGUUCUUGUCGCUUAUAGGCAAAUUUUUGCCACCAUUGCCAUGGUCCCUUUUGCUUAUUUCUUCGAAUGGAAAACAAGACCCAAGAUUACAAAGGAGCUGCUGUUCCAGAUUUUCAUAUGUUCACUUACUGGGGCAACUGGAAACCAGGUCUUUUACUUUAUUGGGCUUCAAAAUUCUACCCCAACAAUUGGAUGUGCACUAACUAAUAUACUCCCUGCUGUCACUUUUAUUCUUGCAGUUCUUCUCAGACAAGAAUCUGUUGGAAUAAAGAAAUUAUCAGGGCAAGCUAAGUUGUUGGGUACAGCAAUAUGCGUAGGAGGAGCCAUGUUGUUGUCAUUUUACCAUGGAAGUAGAAUCAAUGUAGGAGAGUCCAGCAUUCAUUGGAAAUAUGCAGAUGAUAUCGGUAGUCAAAAUUCUAAUGAUGGUUCAAAAUCAAACUUCAUUUUAGGCCCUUUAUUUAUAUUGGCUAGUGCUGUUUGUUGGGCAAUAUGGUUUACAAUUCAGGCCAAAGUAAGUGAAAAAUUUCCCGCUCCUUACACAAGCACAUUUCUACUGUGUUUCAUGGGCAGCAUUCAGUGUGUUCUGAUUGGCUUUGGUGCCAAUCAUGAAGCAGCAGAUUGGUCAUUGCGCGAUCCGGGUCGCCUUGUUGCAGCUCUUUAUGCAGCAAUUGUGUGUUCUGCUCUAGCAUUUUCCCUCACUUCAUGGAGUAUCCAAAAGAAAGGAGCACUUUAUGUCUCAGUGUUCAGCCCCUUGUUGCUGGUUAUUGUUGCUGUUCUAAGUUGGGCAUUGCUUCGUGAGAAAUUAUAUGUCGGAACUGUUGUAGGUUCUGCGUUGAUUGUGGCCGGUCUCUACGCAGUUCUGUGGGGGAAAGACAAGGAAAUGAAAUUGAAAGUUAUUGAAGAAAUAGAAGCAAGAAAGCAAAUCAAUGACCUUGAGUUGCAGCUGCCUGCAAAAUCUAAUGGCACUUAUGGUCUUGAAGCUAAAGGAGAGAAAAAGUGAAGCAAGUUAUCAAAUCAUCUGUUUUAAUCUCCUUAAUUUGAGUUUUAGUUCUUAAUUAUGUAAUUAGAUGAUUACCCUUUGAAGUGUGUGGGGGGUUGUAGUUUUAGAAGAGAGUGACUUUUUGAUUACCUUUUCUUCAAUUGUCUUAUUUUAAGAGCAAUGAAAUGAAGCUAUUUUCUCUUUUUGGAAUAAAA